AUGGCGCACGAAUUGCUACAAUCAGAAGCUGUUAUUCCAAAUCUUCCGCUGACAAUCGAAUGCAUAACUGGCUAUCGCAUAGAAGAACGGAUCUAUAGGCUUUUUAUUUCGACGAAAGAAGGUCACCUACUCGUUUAUAAGGUUACGACAAAGAAAGGGGAGGCAAACUCAAAGCUUGAGCGAACAAUUAAAUCGAAGCAAAAGAUUGAUCAGCUCGAUGUCUUUUACGAAAACGGGCUACUUCUUGUUCUGCAAGAUAAGAAAUUCUGCAUCAAAGACCUCAACCAGCCCGACGAAGACAUCACGGACGCAAUAGAACGCGCUGGUGCUGGAGGAGUCGUUCGAAAUGUUUCUAGGUUCUCUCUUGUUACUGAAACGAUCAAGUCUUCUUCUGGAGCUUGUGCUUCUAUCGCCCAACUUUGCCUUGCGCAAAAGAAAAAGAUCCUUUUGUAUUAUUGGAACAGAAACUGCUUUAAUGAAAUGAAAGAACUGAUCAUCGACGAAAUUCCAAAGUCAAUUUCGUGGAUGAAUUUUAACAACGUUAUGGUCAGUUCAAAGAAUGGCUACACAAAGAUCGACAUUCGCACGGCGAAAAACGAGGAGAUAAUUGUCAACGACCGGUUGAUGAACUCACAGAUUUGCUCUUACGGCAAGAAUGGUGUCAUUUGUGCGACUCAAUCUGGCGUCGUUUUCUACAAAGACGACCAAAACCUGUCAACCGUCGCUGUGUCGACUGAUGAGCCGACAAUCUCACUGGCUACUCAUUAUCCGUGGACACUUGCUGGUUCGUCAGUUGGCUUAUUUGUGAUCGCCCCUGAUUACAGCUACAAUGUACUGCAAAAGAUCUCUAGCUCGCCUAUCUUGGGAAUAUGCUCUGUCGAAGAUGUUAUUUUCGCAGUCUCAUCACAUUCACUUUCUCUGUUACGUCAGACUGAUCUGCAUUCAAUAAUUUCAUCUCUCCAUCAAUCAAAGCAGCUUAACCUCGCUCUAGCUCUUCUCGAAAACGCUUCUAGCUUGCCACCUGAGGAUCUAGCCAACUACAGACUGCGGAUUACAAGCAUGCAAGCAUACGAGAUGUUCUGCAACUCGGAAUUUCUCCAAGCAAUAGAAAAAUUCCAACAAAGCAAAAUUGAUCCACUAAAAGUAAUCGGUCUCUAUCCUGACCUCCUUCCGUCCUCAGUUCGUCGACCCUCUACGAAGAUCUUUGUGCCACCAGAUCUGUCCGGUCCUUUGUUAAUCGAUGCAUACCGUGCGCUCGUCCCGUAUCUAACAUCAGAGAGAAGUCAAGCGCUCUCUAACGAGCCUCGCGAUUUGAAAUUAUUGAGUAUAUUGGAUACAGUACUUCUCAAAACAUACUUGCACACUUCUCCAUCGAUGGUUUCAUCCCUUCUCCGACUGAAAGAAAACUUCUGCAUCGAGUCAGAAUGCGAGCAAAUCCUCCAGGAGCAUGGUAAAAUCGACGAGCUAGUGAUCUUAUUCAAGCGUAAAGGAAAACACGCUGAAGCCCUGAGUCUUCUUUCAAAACGAGGAGAUGAGCAGAUUGAAGAUAUCAUCAAAUAUCUCGGCCAACUCGACGAAGAGAACUUUCACAUCGUCCUUAGCUUCGGCGGACAGUUAGUGCGGUCGAAGCCAAAUCUCGCGCUAAUUCUUUUUACUUCCGAAGGCGAUGCUGAAGCCUGGCCAAAAUAUGACGUGUAUGAAAUGUUCAAAGAAAACUGUGCUCCAGCCACGAUGCGGAUGAGUUUGCUCGAGUUCUAUGUAAAUGAGUGGAACUGCGACGAUCAGAGAAUCUUCUCGUACCUAAUCGAAGAGUACCGAAACUCAAUACUAGAAGUACGCGACCUUAUGCUCGUUGAUACGAUUAAGGAUCGCCCCGAGUCAUCCGCCAUGGUCCCUAAUCCAGACACAUUAGUGGCCGUUGACGAGUUGAAUAUACUGCGAAAGAAGUUGAUCGCUCUUUUGGAGUCAAAGUCGAUCAAGGUCGAUGAGCGGCUUUUGGACUUAUUUGCUGACGAGGAUUGGAUUGAAGAACGAGCGCUGCUACUCUCGAGAUUGGGGCGACACAAACAGAGUGAAGAUACAGUCGGCGCUGAUGGAGGUGGAAUCAACAAGGACAAACGUAGAAUGCAUCGAAGCCGAGCGGACGCGGAUCGAGCUACCACAGGUCUGUAA